UAAUUGGCGAAUUCAGAUUCAACUACUACAAUUUCCAAGUUUCUACCACUUUCAUAAUUCAAUAUCUAUUUUUCUUAUUUGACUCUCAACCUGCAACCAAUAUAAUAUUAUUAAAAUAAUUAUUAUUUGUACGAAGCGUUUAUCGAUCUUGCACAAUGCCAAAAGGUAGACGUUCACCAUCCCCGAAAAGGCAUUCAGUUCCUUCUAGAACUGUUUCAAGUAGCCCAGCGCCACAACAGAACAAAAUUCAAGUCCGUGCACCGGCUGAACCAAAACAACUUGGGUUAUUCGGUGAAAUGGCAGCAAUUUCCGGUGGCGUAGCUGUUGGUUCUGCCAUUGGGCACACUGUGGGACAUGCGGUAUCUGGUUUAAUCAGUGGUGGCGGUUCUAACAACCAGGCACAACAAAUCCAACCAGUUCUAGCUAUGUCCAUCGACCAGAGCAACCAGCAAGGUGGACCGUGUGCUUUUGAAAUCAAACAGUUUUUACAGUGUGCUCAAAACAAUGAUGAUAUUUCGCUGUGUUCUGGAUUUAAUGAGGCUAUUCGUCAAUGCAAGGAAGCUAAUGGAAGGACACAAAUAUAAUUUUUCAAGUGAUUUCGAAAUUUUGUUUUGGUUUCAGGUACAUAACCUUAAUAUUAACACCAUAAAAUUAAAGAA